AUGAAGGCUUAUCUAAUCAUUUUGCUGGCCGCGGUCCUGUGGGCAGAGAGAGCUUACUCACUGCAUUGCCACGUGUGCAACACCACAACGGCGAACACCUGCACGAAUCCCGUCAAUUGCUCAACAGCUGAUCGUUACUGCACGACGUUUAUUAGAAAUGGCUCCACUCCUGACUAUCUCCUGGAGAAGAGAUGUUCCCCAUCGUGCCCACUCUCUACAAUGAUUAAAACUCUUGCCACGCCCCAAUCUUCUUUUCUCUGCUGCCAGGAAGAUUUGUGCAACGGGGUGGGUGACAUGAGAAUCGGCUUCCCGGCAUUGGCAAUGAUCAUCUUUGCCGGCUUUGUUGUCACCUUUGUCAGGACGGGAGUGUGA